AGCGCACAAACAGAAAUAGACACCCAACUAAGAAUAAACAUGACCUGACGUGACAAGUCAUAACAGGAAGUGCACAAGAAAGUCUGAGAUAAUUUCUAUGACAGCGCUUUGGUGUUUUCACGAAUCUGCCGGAGAAUGUGUUUCUUUUAACUAAACUCGCAGGCUACGACUUGAAUAGCCCAAUAAUGGAAAAAGAGAGGACUUAAAGUGGAACCUUGAGGAACGCCACUAAUUUAACUAAAGAAGUUGAACAAAUGCCUACUGACUGCAUCUGAAGUAAACAAGACCUUAGUUACUUAAAUCACAUUCCAAAAAUAACAAAAACAUAUACCUGCCGAAAAGGAGAGGACUUAAAGAGGUCUUUUGAGGAACACCUGAGUUAUGUAAAUCACAAGUUUGGACCCCGGUGUUGAAAUCGUUAAAUUGUCAAUCCAAAGAUCUGCCACUGUGUUUACAGUGGUCCAAGUUCCGCCAUACGACUGGAACACUCCAGUGUUUUCAGUCAUUUACUGCAAAAAAUCUUUGUUCCUACAGUUUGGAACUAAACUCGGGGCCCGGUAUAUGAGGUCAUUACCAGGCCACCAUGUAAAUAGCCGUGCGAUACGUAUAAUCUGGACCAUAAGGAACUGUUUUACAGUGGAACGGAACUUUACUGUCAUUGCACUCAAAAAAGUACAACGGAAUGUCAUUUUCAGUACAAACUCGUUAGAGAACAGACAUACAGUAUACAGGGUAGACAGAACAGAAAGACUGAUGGGUUCGCCUCAAGGGCGGCGCCCCAUGAAAAAGGUAAACAUGCAGGCAGGAGAAGAAGAAGAAAAAAAGCAGAUCCCAAGAAAAAAACCUCAAGCAAAGCCCGUUUACAUAUUUCGACACAAAACUCGAGACUUGCAAUGUGGGUAUGUUAUGGUAUGAUAUGCUCUUUAUUGUCAUUGCACAAGUAUAACGUAAUUUCAUUUUCACCACAAAGCCGUUCAAGAUUAGCCAAACAAACAUUGUACCGGUAAGUCAGAACAGGAACCGUGAUGGGUCGCCACUACGGUGCCCCUGUAAAAGGUGGGAAAAAGGUAGAGGCUGGGGAAGGAUGAGUAAAAAAAAAAAAAGUUGAUCCCAGACUGGGCUCCUUUGUGCACAGGGUAUACAGACUGGGGCCAAGAAAAAAAAAAGGAUCUGUGAUAAGCACACAAACAUUGUACACAGAAACCACACGACUUGCAACAGGAAGGAAUGGCGGCAGGAAUGCUGCCCAAAAAUGUCCUCCACUUCUCCCAAGAGCCCAUCAUGUGUCUAGCAGCUAACAUUCAUCAGGACGGGCAGGCUCUCGUCGAGAAGACCUUUGGGGCAGCGUGGCGCAGAUGGUAGAGCCCGACCGUCGUGUCCUUGGGCAAGACACUUCACCCUUGCUCCUGAUAAGUCCUGGCAGCUUCCGACAUCAGCUUGUUAAUGUGUGUAUGAAUGUGACGUAUAAUGUAAAGCGCUCCGGGUAAGUGAAGCGCUAUGAACAAAAGCCAUUUACCAUUUCGUUGAGAGGGCAGUUGAUCAGUUCCAUUGUUUAGAUUUUGGAGAGCAGCGCAAAAAGAGGCUCCCAGAAAGUUACGACAAAACAAAGAAGCAAAGGCAGGACAGACGAGGGAGAGGGAUGGAAUUAAAAAAAGUUUUAUAAGUAAAUCAAAAUCAUCGUAGGUUUUGUUUAAUGGUUUGACAGCACUGCUAUUUUUACUUUUAAGUAAAUAUCAUUUUUCUGUCUCUCGCUCCACUCUCACACUCAAUUUUUGUUUGUGCUGGCAAUGCUGUGUAACUCUUUUCCUUUCUGUUUGUUCGACUCCCCUUUCUGCCAUGAAAAGAGAAACUCUUUAAAUUUGCUAUCUCUUUAAUGUUCUUAUCUUAUCUUCUCCGGCGCUCUCUCCCUCGCUCUCUCCCUCGCCCUCUCCUUUUCUUCUCGGCUUCACAUCCGAAUCCAAACAUCACACCGUGCCUCUCGUAUUUUCCCCCUAUGCAUCUCCCCGCCGCCGCGUGGAGCUGGGACCGGACUCGUCCCCCUUCCUCUCCACCUCCGUCCCAGCCUCUCCCUCCUCUCGCUCCCCUCUCGCCGUCUUGCUUCCUAACGGAGAGAUGAUGUUCUAUUUCCAGCUGGUGAUCAUGGCCGGGACAGUUCUCUUGGCUUACUACUUCGAGUACACAGACACCUUCCCCGUGCACGUCCAAGGGUUCUUCUGCUACGACAAGACCUUCUCCAAGCCCUACCCAGGACCGGACAACACCAGCAAAAUCCCCCCGGUGCUGAUCUUCUCGCUUGUCUCGGCCAUCCCCACGCUUACGAUUCUUGUGGGGGAAUUGUGCGCGUUCUUCACCAAGGCUGAAGGAACCCAAGAGAAGACCAUCGUCACUGCCGACUGCUGCUACUUCAACCCCCUGCUGAGACGCGUCAUACGCUUCUUAGGUGUCUACGCCUUUGGCCUGUUUACCACGACCAUCUUCGCCAAUGCCGGCCAGGUGGUGACAGGAAACCAGACCCCGCACUUCCUCUCAGCAUGCCGACCCAACUACACGGCGCUGGGCUGCCAGUCCAACAUGCAGUACAUCACAGAACGCCGCGCCUGCACCGGCAACCCCCUCGUGGUCAUGUCUGCACGUAAAUCAUUCCCGUCCAAGGACGCGGCGCUCAGCGUCUACUCAGCGGUGUACACAGUGAUGUACGUGACGCUGAUGUUCAAGACCAAAGGUACGCGUCUGACAAAGCCCACCAUCAGCUUCACCCUGCUCUGUCUGGCCAUGAUCGUAGGCGUGGUCCGGGUGGCUGAAUACCGCAACCACUGGGCCGAUGUCUUGGCCGGUUCCUUCACAGGGGGAGCUAUCGCUGUGUUUUUGGUGACAUGUGUGAUUAACAACUUCCAGCAGUUGCAGCCCAGGCCUCCUGCACCACGACCCCAGCGCCCCGAGUCCACGCUGGGCAUGCCCAUGGUGACGCUGCCCUGUGUGGAAAGUCCACUCGAAAAACCCCGCGGAGGUCUCCGUUCAGCGAGAUCACAUGACCAUCAGCCCCGUCGGUUCCCCGCCCAACCCGAUGUCCUCACACUGUCUCGCUCCAUUUCCAGCGAAGUCUAGACCGGCCCGAGCAGCACUCGCCGCACUGCGCCGCCCGCUCGGCCGGCCGGUCCGCGACUCUGCACCGCUCCUACUCCACCCAGGUCUAGACCCUCUCCCCUCACCCCCUCAACUCCCCAGGGAACCGAUAGGCGAUGACUUUUUUUUCCAACUGACUUUGACUUUUUGGCGUCUUUCUACUUUUUUUAUAUGAACUCAUGGAAGCUUUGUGAAGAAAGACAAACUGCGACCACAGAGAAUGUCGCCCACCCUCCCCUUCCUUGAAAAUGUGCGUAAAAUUCCAUCACCACGGUCUCAAUGGCGACAUUGGACCAAAGGAACCGUUCCUUGCUCACAGUCUCAUUACUUUCAUGCAUGCUGUGCCUCCACACACACACACACACACACACGAACACACACACACACACACACUAUUGUAUUUGUAACCCUCUUGAGACCUCCAAAAAAUGCCUAGGACCACCCUUUCUAGAUAUAUAAAGAUGUGUAUUUACAACAAUAAUAACAUAUACAUACUAUGCAAGAAAAAUGUGACAAUUUCCCAAGAAAAACUGAGAAUUUCGGCAGUAAAAUCCUGACUUUGGAGCAAUGUUCACAGACUCUAGUGUUUGACUCUCUAUUAGAUACAAUGGUUUUCUGUAGUCUAACUUGUUCACCGGUCCUCAUGUGGAAAGUAGUUUUCCUUGUUGCAGAAAUACAAGAACACACACACACAAACACACACACACAUGCACGCACACACACACACACACACUCACACACACGCAGACAUUCUGGUAUUUGAUACCUUCUUGAGACCUCCGAAAAAUCCCUAGGACCACCCUUUCUAGAUAUAUAAAGAUGUGUAUUUACAACAAUAAUAACAUAUACAUACUAUGCAAGAAAAAGGUGACAAUUUCCCAAGAAAAACUGAGAAUUUCGGCAGUAAAAUCCUGACUUUGGAGCAAUGUUCACAGACUCUAGUGUUUGGCUUUCUAUUAGAUGCAAUGGUUUUCUGUAGUCUGACCAUGAUUUCAGUCCUAACUUGUUCACCUGUCCUCAUAUGGAAAGUACUUUUCCUUGUUGCAGAAAUACAAGAACACACACACACACAAAAAAAAACACACACACACACUUACACACACACACACAUGCAUGCACACACGCACACACUCACACACACACACACACCCACACAUUCUGGUAUUUGUUACCUUCUUGAGACCUCCGAAAAAUCCCUAGGACCACCCUUUCUAGAUAUAUAAAGAUGUGUAUUUACAACAAUAAUAACAUAUACAUACUAUGCAAGAAAAAGGUCACAAUUUCCCAAGAAAAACUGAGAAUUUCGGCAGUAAAAUCCUGACCUUGGAGCAAUGUUCACAGACUCUAGUGUUUGGCUCUCUAUUAGAUGCAAUGGUUUUCCGUAUUCCGACCAUGAUUUCGGUCCUAACUUGUUCACCGGUCCUCAUAUGGAAAGUACUUUUCCUUGUUGAUGUCUCAAGUAGGGUAGAAAUAUAAGAACACACACACACACACACACACACACACACACACACACACACACACACACACACACACACUCACACACACAUUAACACACACA